CAGUGGGGCCCCAAGCCCCGGGGUGACAGCCUCCCACAAUCCACUGCUCAGAGGCCCCCCGGGCAGCCAGGCCCUCAGGGCUGCUGAGGCCACUGCCUGUGUUUCUGUAAUGGAAACUUCUCCGCCUGCCUGUGAGCAGCCUCACAGCUCUGGUUCCCGCCGGGCGAGGCUCUGAUGAUCAGCAGCGUGUGGGACGCAGCAGGACCAUGUUCCAGUAAAUGAAGACCACGGUGCCAGCCUCGCACCCCGACCCCCGGCCAGGGCCCCGACGUCAGCCCAGAAGAAAUGAGGCCACGUGGGGCUCACAGGUGCCCAGGGCGGAAAGGGACAGUGACAGGAAGCAGCCCCGCUCCAUCCUGAGACGCGGCCAGCCCAAGCAAGGGCCUCGCGGGGCCGACCCACAGAGGAUUUCCAGGCACGUACGGUUCCGAGAGCCCUUGGAGGCGGCCAUUCAUUACAUCGCCAGCAGGGACACCAGGGCCACCGUCAAGGUGUCGGGCCGGCGCCUGCCCCGCCGCAGAUCCCUGCUCCAGCGCCUGCCGGGUGGCAGCUCCCUGCUCCUGCGGCUCUCCGUGUGCGUCCUGCUCGGGGCAGCUCUGGGCCUGUGCUGUGGCCGGGCCAAGUCCAUUGCCACACCCCUGGAGGACCUCCGAGCCCGGCUCCUUGUCCUCCUCAUGCGCCUGUGGCACGUGCUCCUGGCCUGCUGGCACUGCCUCCUGGGUGUCUGGCCAGUGGCCAGCCAGGACGUCCCCUCUGGACAGCCCUGGGUAGAUGAGGGUUAGGGUAGAGCGUCAGGCAGUCCUCGGGCCCCAGGACCAGGAGACAGCCCUGCCAGCUUGCUUGGCAAACCCAGGACUCCUGGCAGGGGGACCUAGGGACAGUGACCACCUUGACUGGAGGCCAGACGGGAGACGCACUGCCCCGCCCAGCGUCACCUCCCCGCCGUUUUCUGUGUUGGGGUCCACUGUGAGAGUCCGUCAGAGGACGGAUCCAACUGCCAGCUGUUGGGCCUCACCUCCCUCGACCCAGUGGGGACCCUGGCCUGAAUGGGGGGAUACACUGAGGCAAGUCCUACCUGGACACCCAGCUCACUCUCUUCUACUGCUUAGGGGACGGAUCCCCCAGGCCUCAGAGACCAUGGGUAGGGGUCUCCAGGGUUUCCUGCAGCUUCAGGGUCAGGGGACCCCUGGUUACCACUUCCCUGCACCAGCCCAGCCGUCCCCAGACCCGUGCCACCUCACCCACCCUCGGAGGACAGGCAGGACCCCACCCCUACUGCAGAUGAGAAGGAGGCGCUGAGAGGAGGCUCACGGCCCAGGCUCAGCCCCUGGGCAGGGGCUGCCUCUCAACCUGGUUCUGGGUCAGGGCUGGAAGGGGGCUGGGCCCCCUCCCCACAGCCAGCUGUCCACUGCAAAGAUGGCAGAGAGAGGUGUCCAGCUCUCAGGCCCACAGAACUGCCAUCCCAGCUGUUUUUUGUAAUAAA